AUGCAUGCAGCAAAAAGACGUGUGGCAGGAAGUCUAGUUCAAGGAAUCGUCGCAGCUAUCGCGUACGCGUGUCUACGUAUUCCACGUGCAUUUACCUUAGGUUUACUUACAGGACUUGCAUCAUUGAUUCCAGUCAUCGGUACCGCUAUCGUAUGGAUUCCAAUCACUGUCGGUCUAUGUCUCCAAAAUCAAUAUGUCAAAGCCGGCAUUAUGAUCGCUGUUGGAGUUUUGGCUAUCGGAUCGAUCGAUAAUGUCUUGCGGCCUCUAUUCUCAAAAUUGGGCGCAUUAGAAAUGUCAACAUUACUGCUACUGUUAUCGAUAUUUGGUGGAGUUGAGAUGUUAGGCCCAUGGGGAGCUCUUUUAGGUCCGGUAGUUGUCAGGCUUGCUACAGAAGCCCUCGUGUUGGUUAGGGAGGAUCAAGAAGAUCAAGAAAAUACCGCUAGAGAAUGA